AUGUCGAAACGGUCAUAUCCUAGUGGAUCUGAAAAAAGGAAAAAAGCUCUACAUCAGAAAGAAGUAAUUGAAAAGUUACCAAAAUUAACAUCAUAUUUUACUACUACUACUGGAGAAACUUCUGUAAGUAGCAAUCAACUCAUAAAUGUUCCACAUGAUGACUCAGCUCAAUUACAAAUUGCGGGAAUUUCUAAACCUUCAUGUUCCAAUUUUGAAAAAGAGAUUGAAUCAGAAAGCGACUAUUCCUACGACGAAAGUGCAACGACUUCAGUGACUUCACUAAAACCGACAACUCCAACUGUGUCAAUUGAACAGCAGUUUUCCAACACAGAAGAAUUAAUAUCGCACGAUCCCGCCGAUUAUUUUCACGAAAAGUUUGUUGAAAUAAAUCGCGAAAUUUUAAUUCGUAAGGGACCAGUAUAUUUUCAAAAUAAAGAUUCUGACUUUUCCGAGGCAUCCAGAACAUACAAAGAUGGUAAUAAAUUAGUAACGAGAUAUUUCAACAAAGCAUUAUUUAUUCGCAAAUUAAAGAACAAUGAAAGCGUCGAAAGAAAAUGGUUGCUGUAUUCGCCUUCCAAAUGCUCUGUAUUUUGUUUUUCAUGCUGCUUAUUUAACCCAACUGAUGUUAAUCUUUGCUCUCGGAAUGGAUGUAAUGAUUGGAAGCAUAUUAAUCACAUAAUUUUAACACAUGAAAAUAGCCCAGCGCAUAAGCAAUCUAUGAUGACUUAUCUGGCACGAAGUAAAGCGGUUGGUAGAGUAGAUAUAGACUUAUUAUCUCAACAUCAAAAGGAAGUGGAUUACUGGAGAAACGUACUUAAACGGAUUGUAGCUGUUGUAAAAUUUUUGGCAUCGAGAGGGCUUCCAUUUCGCGGCGACAAUGAAAUCCUAGGAUCUCCAAACAAUGGAAAUUAUUUGGGUUGUGUGGAAUUAUUGAGUGAAUUUGAUCCAUUUCUUGCAGAUCACUUAAAAAAAUUUGGGAAUCCUGGAAAGGCAAAAUAUUUUUCCAUAAGCGUUGACAGUACGCCCGAUCUGUCUCAUAUUGACCAGCUAACUUUCAUCAUUCGAUACGUAAAAGACUGUGUUCCUGUUGAAAGGUUUUUGAAAUUUAUACCUAUUAAAGAACAUAAAUCUAAGUAUUUAGCGGAGACCAUCUUAAAUUUUUUAGAGAUACAUGAUAUUCCCAUAAAAGAUUGCAGAGGACAAAGCUACGACAAUGCUUCAAAUAUGUCGGGAAAGUAUAGUGGUCUACAAACAAGAAUCAAGGAAAAAUGUGAAUUUGCCACCUUUAUACCAUGUGCAGGACAUUCACUAAACUUGGUAGGUGUCCAUGCUGCUGGGUGUGUACCGGAGGCAUCACAGUUUUUUGAAAUAGUUCAGAAAGUGUACAACUUUUUUUCGGGCUCUACCCACAGAUGGAAUAUGUUAACAGAACAUUUAGGUUCAAAAAAAGUUGUUAAGAGUCUUUCACAAACCAGAUGGUCAGCCCGAGCUGAUGCAGUAAGUGCUUUGCAUGGGGGUUAUAAAAGAAUAUUAGAAGCUUUAAUCACCAUCGCAAACGAUACUGAACAGGCACGAGAAACAAGAGACGAAGCCCUUAGUCUGUCUAGAAAAAUGGGAAAUCUAGAAUUUAUUAUACUGACGGAAAUCUGGAGCACUAUAUUGGAAAGAAUAGACAAAACAAGUAAUUAUCUUCAGAAAGAAACAAUAACACUGGNUAUAUAUAUAUGGGGAAAUUAG